AUGGCAGGAACGUGGCAAUCCUCGAACUUGAUCGACUAUUUUAUAGCUUUUCCUCUCUUGUAUGUAGACGUACAAGUGUGUCAAACACACGGAGAACAGGUAUUUGGUAAAAAAACUGGAAAUUUUUUUGAAAUAUCAAAUCAAUACCAAUCGUUAAUAUAA